GACACGCGUCCAAUAGAGAACUACUUAUUUGUGUCAAUAUAAGUGGAACUACUUUUAGGGACUAUGGAUCUAUUUUAGGAUUUCAUGUAAGAAAAAUUGAUUGCUCUCUUCUCUUUUUGAGUCGCUUUGUGCGAAUUUUGAUACUUAGUAGAGUCGAUAUGCUGAAUAAGCUCGUUUCAUUUUAAACAAAAGUGAAAUGAAUUCGUCCAAGGAUCCAUUCUUGGAACUAUCUGAACGUCCCGUUCGUUUUGAGGCCGUUAAUCAAGUUACAAAUGUGUUCUUCGACGAUUCGAACAAACAGGUGUUUGCAGUUCGAUCGGGUGGUACAAUGGGGGUGGUUGUUAAAGGUCCAACUGAAGACGCACCCCCAAUUAAUUUUCGUAUGGAAGACCGUGGUCCAGUCAUAUCGAUUAAAUUCAGUUUGGAUCAGAGCAUUCUGGCCGUACAACGUACUAAGACUUCGGUGGAAUUUAUGAUUUUUAACGGAAAUAUAAUCGAGGGGGAGUUUUCUCAGGGUUGUAAAAAGAAUACUGCGAUUUUAGGGUUUGUGUGGACGCAAACAAAUGAGGUCGCGCUGAUUACAGACCACGGUGUUGAAUUGUAUUUACUCAUUCCCGAGAAGAAGCUGGUUAAACAUUUAAAGACAACCACCACUGUAAUACAGUGGUUUGUUUGGUGCCCGACGAAUAAAAUUGCACUAUUGGCUUCAAGUCACGGUUCUCAUUUGCAACCGGUUGUAUUUAAACCGGGCACAAUUAGUAAAUUGGCUAAGGUUGAAACCGAGCCUGGUAGGAUGACCUUAGAAAGGGAUGUGACUUUAGCUACUCUGUACGAAAUACCUGCAAUCUUAAUACUUCGCCAUCAAAGCGGUCCGCAAACGGCGGAGGUACACAUACAUAUGUUAAACGGACCUGGACAAGCGCCUGUUAGAAGUCAUAUUCUACGGCUAAAUCUAACAGGUCGUUUUGCAAUAAAUGUUGUGGACGACUUGAUUUUAGUACAUCAUCAGGCUUCCAAGACUUCGCAAGUGUACGAUAUCUCUCUAUCGGAUGAAAGUGACGGUACUGUUACAUAUCAUAAGUCUGUGACUCUGCCCAGAUCACUUAAACCAACUACUCUGCCAGUUCCUGGACUUGUGGAGCCCCAAAGUCACGAAUGUGAGUUGUAUUCUCCUAACUGGGUUGUUUUCCAGCCAAACAUAGUAAUUGAUGCGAAAUUGGGUUGUUUGUGGCACAUAAAACUUUGUUUAACGACGUUAUGUUCGCAAAUAACUGAUCUGGCUCUUUGCACACAAUUGGCUUUAAAACGUACCACUGGAAAAUCAGUUCUAUUACAGUUACUUCUAGACCACAUUCUUCUACCCAAGCCGUCCCUCUUUAAGCUUCAAGAAUCGUUCAAUCACAUAAACUCAGUAUAUCGCAUAUGGGCGGAGGCAGAGAUACAGAUGCAAACUGCCUCUCCGGUUAGCGCUCCGCCGCCGAGCAAACCACCGGCACCGCCGAGAGUGCUAAUUAGCCAGUCCGAUAUUUAUUAUAAUAUUUUGCAAAAGCUGAUGAAUAACGAUGAACAUUUGCAAAAUCUUGAAUGGGCCUUGACAUGUUAUAUCACUUCGCUUUCCGAGUACUGCAUUCCCACUGAGCUGCUGUUGAACGAGUUACUAAUUAAAACUUUGGUGCAGCGUCAUAAAUUUACAGCUCUCAUGCAAUUGCUACAAUACGGCAUUGUCGCCGAUUCCAAACCACUCGCCUGCCUGCUAUUGUCACUAGGAAAUCUGCAUCCAUCUGCCUCACAAUUAGCUAUGGACAUGUUAGUAAGACUGUCUGCAAACGAAGAAAUUCAAGAAGUACUGAUCUCUCAAGGCCAGCUAUUGUCAGCGUUUAAGUUUUCUCAAGAAACCGCCACGCCUAGAAAGUUCCUGCAGGCAGCGGAAAAUUUGAAAGACCCAAUUCUGUUUCACAGCAUGCUGUACUGUUUCCGAUCAAACCAUCAAUAUGACAACUCUUUUUUGCAAGACGAACGACUGCACAGCUUUAUAAAGCACUACAGAACUCUGUUCCCUGAAAAAGCCAUCGGAGACAGGUAAAUGAUUUAAUAUUUAUUAUUAUUAUAUCACAAUAUGUAAAUAAAUAAAAUUGUUUACAAUUGAAUAAUAAAUGACUAAUAUGUA